GUAUAGAAACGACGCGGCACGACUCUUUAUUUGUUUUUCUUUUCUCUUACAUCCGCGUUAGAUCCCGGCAUUCAUGCUUGUGCGCUCUCUUUGCUGGCGUGCCGCAAUGCGACCUCGCCACACGUGGAUGGCGCUGAUGGUGGACGAAUGCGCGCUGAUGCCGCUCCCCGCCGUUUCGUCCUUUGUGCAGGGCACCUUUACCCCUGGCACUGUCUCCAAUACGAGCGGGACGAGCACAAGCAGCUCUCCCGCUCACGCGUCGCAAGCAUCCUCUUCGUCUCUCACAGCACCACCGCCGGGUAAGGCGCCGGAGGAGCGCGCACACGCGUGGGUGGCGGUGGCGCGUCUUCUCUGUGAGGGCGGGGACUGGGCCCGUGCCGCAGCCGUCGUGGAGGGUCUCCCGCAGCCCCUCCAGCAGCCGGCGCGAUUCAAAGCGAUCCGCGAUGACUGGCCGCUGCCCCGCACCGUCGCUGAAGCGUGGCGCCACGGCGUGAAGGCGGAGAAGGCAAGCGCAACGGCACCUCCAUCGCCGCCGCUCUCGACGAACACGGCGGUAGAAAGCAAGCAGAGGGCGGUCCACUCCGCUUCCACCCCGCCGUCGUCCACGUCUGAGGCGGCGUCAGAUGCCGCGGAGAAAAGAGGCAGCUACACGCUCUACCGCAGCGAGGAGCUGGUUCGAAUGGCGUACAGCCUGCGCAGAUCGCCCGCUGCGGUCGCACUGCACAGGGAGCAACACGCGAUUGUGGUGGAGCUGCAACGACGCGGCGCCGUUGCCGAAGUUCUGCAAUGCAUCGUGAACUGGCAGCGCCGUCAGCUUCUGCGCCCCGAUGCAGAGACAACGAAGAAGCGUGGCAGCGUUGACAAGGCAAAGGGCUCCGCUGAUUUUUUGUUGCUCGACGGCGUGGGCGCGGCGAAGUCAGUCCUUUUCCCUGGCGCCGCUCGAACGAUCGCAAGUGGCGCCGCCUCUGCCUUCCUCGCUGGCCACCUCAGCGAAACCAACAGGAGCAGCAACAGCAGUCCGGCAGCGGGGAAGCCUCCUCGCUAUUCUGCACUGCAGCUUGCCCACAUCCGCCAAGCAGCCGCCGCACACCCGGUGUUGGUGGCCCGGUGCCUGCGGGAUCGAGCCGUGUGUGAUCGUCUGCUGCGACACGCAGGUGACGCGAGCGUCGCUGAGGUGGCUUUUUUGUUUAUGCGUGUCGUCGCAGCUCGGGGGAGUCCCGCUGCGAGCAGUCCGGCACCUCGCAGGACCGUCGCUUCUCCUUCGCCUUCUUUGCUGACGGAUCCGUUGGCGCUGGAGGCGUACUGGCGUGCCCUCGCCGUGCUGCUUCCGCUGCUCCAUUCAUACUGGCGCCGUCAGUCGAAGGCGGAGAAGGAGAAGCUGCUGCAGGCCUUGAUCGAGGCGCUGCGGACUACACAGGAGGAGACAGCCACCCACCAGGGCACGCCUCGUGACAUCACCGCGACUGCGCAGCAGACAGCACUACCUUCUGUCAUCGCGCGUUCUUUUUCUUCUCCUACGUCUGCGUCGCCGCCGCCGCCGGCUGAGUUGACGGAGAAGUGCCGUCGGGCCAUCAAGGCAUCGGUCGAGUCUGUGUGCUCCCCCCUGCUGCACCACGAACCGCAGGUACGCUUUCUGCGUCUCGACACCUUUGGCGACGUCGCGCUGCGCCUCACCGCGCUGCGCGUGGCCGUCCCGAAUGCGCUGGCGCAGUGCCUCUUUCUAUGCCUGGCGGACACGGCCGCUGCGUGUAGAAGCGGCAGCGGUGGCGGCGGCGGCCGCGAAGAACACGACGCAGCAGAGGAGGCGGCGCACGCGCUGGGCAGCUUUCUCGCUGCCAGCCCGUGCGAUCGAUGGCUGCCGGCGCUCGCCAUGCUGCACGUCGCACACCGCCACCACGAUUUUCACGUCACCGCCGCGCACGAGCGCGCGUUGCUCAGCGGCCUGCAAAGCGUGUCCAUCGCCAAAACCUGGGCGGCCGCUCUGCGCGUGGUGGCGGAGUGCGCAGAAGCCUUCAACGCCGCACCGGACGAGCGCACGCUGCCGACGUUGCUGCUGAACUUGAAGCAGCAGUCAUGGCAGGACGCUUUCCGGGUACUGCAGUGGGUGCCCGGCGGAGAGCUCAGUGCGGCCUCCCCGCCGACUCUGCGAGACCUGCAGCUUGUUGCCUUGAAGCACGCGUCGUGGGAGGUGCCUCUGCAGCUCAUGACGGUGCUGCGGGAACGCCGCGCGGACGGCUUCAUGAACCACCUCUACUGCCUCUGCGCAGCCUCUCGCGGCGGGCAGGCCGACGUCGCCUUUCAGUACUUCUGCUCUCUUCAAUUCGGUCGGGGCCGCCACGUCGCCUGGCGGGGCGUGUCGCCCUUUAACGAGCUCACGGUGGCGGUAGCGGCGGUGGCCAUGCUGGACUGCGAGCACCUCGACGCGCUGCAUCGAUUCACCCAACGAGUGCUGUCGAUGCAGAACACGGCGGGGCCCGAUGACGCUGCCGACGCCGACGCCGUCGCGCCGCCGGGGUUAACGCUCGACGGGCGGUGGAUGGCGCAGGCCGCCAACAUCGCGGCUCUUCUGCCGGGGAGCGCGCGCGACACGGAGCUCGUGGCGCUUCUCCUUUCGCUUCCGGUGGACGAUGUGCAACGCGUUCUGCGCCGCUUUGUGGCGCUGCGCUGUCUCCUCCACAUGGAGCACCUCAACGCACCGAUUCGGCUCGUCUUCGACGUGCUUGGGCACGGCAGCUCGCCGCAGCAACAGCGCGCCCACUGCGGUUUUCUGGCAUCGGUGGAGUCGUCUCAAAUAGGCGAGGGCACCUUCGAGACGCGUCAGCACAGCACGAAUGAGCGGCGCAAGCACCUCUAUAUUCCCAUGGCCCAUCAGCGACGUCAGAAGAAGGAGGCGGCGAUGCAGCUAGGUCUUUUUAUUAAAGCCAACGAGUCGGCGAUGCCCCCGUCGGUGGUGCAGCAGGUGGCGGAGACGAUGGUGGCGGAGGGCGUGGGUGCCGAGUACAUGACGGCAGCGCUGCUGUGA